AAAUGAACCAGUCCCGAAUAAAAAUUACACCAAGCUCCUCUCUUCACCGAAAUGCUACUAUAACCAUAUUUCAUCACCUCUUCGUCUCUCUCGUCAUAUAACCAAACCCCAUUUACGUGUACUCUAACAGAGCUUCAUCAACACUGUUCAUCUCGUUUUCUUCGCUUAGAUCUACUUUGCUUUCUGAUUAUCUUCUCCGCUCGCUUCAUAGGUAUGAAGCGAGUAAGAGAUGAUUUUGUUGACUCGCCGAUUAAGAAGCCCUUUGCUUCUUCUCCUGCAGAAUCUCAUGGGCAACCCCAGAUUGCUGCUGGAGGCGGCAAUGGUGGCGGUGGUAGUGUCAGUGGAGGUGGCGGUGGAGGAGGUUCAGCUACUGCUGCAGCACAGAAAGUCGCAAAUGAUGGUGGAGGAGGUUCCGGUACAGGUGCUGGUGCAGGACAGAAACUCACCACCAACGAUGCUUUAGCUUAUUUAAAGGAAGUUAAGGACAUGUUUCCAGAUAACAGGGAGAAAUAUGACAAUUUUCUUGAUGUGAUGAAAGAUUUCAAGGCUCAACGAAUUGACACCACCGGUGUCAUUGCAAGGGUGAAAGACUUAUUUCGAGGGCAUAAUAAUUUAAUUUUUGGAUUCAAUACCUUCUUGCCCAAAGGCUAUGAAAUUACUGUCAUCAAGGAGGAAGAUGCUCCACCCAAGAGAUCAGUUGAGUUUGAGGAGGCAAUAAGCUUUGUAACCAAGAUAAAGACGCGUUUUCAAGAUGAUGAUCGUGUGUACAAAUCUUUUUUAGAUAUAUUGAAUAUGUACCGAAAAGAGCACAAGGGCAUUGAUGAGGUCUACUACGAGGUUGCUACACUUUUUCGUGAUCAUCCUGACUUGCUUGAUGCGUUCAUAAGAUUUUUACCCGAUGCUUCAGCAGUGGCAUCAGAACACAAGGCUACACUUGGCAGGCAGCAGUUGCACCUGUAUGAGGAGCGGACUCCUGCUAUGCUGACAUUGCAGGGUACACAAAUGGACAAGCAACGCUUUCGUCCAGAGAGGAUCGUUGCUCCUCAAACACAACGGGAUUCAAUUGUUGAACGCCCUGAUAUUGAUGAUGAUAAAACAAUGGUUAAGCUGCACAAAGAGCAUAAAAAGUCUGCUGAAAAGGACUGCAGGGAUAGGAGAAACCCUGAUCAUGAUCUGAAUCGUCUGCUUGAAAAACAGAAAUCUGCUCGAAAGGUUGAUAACUCUGGGGGCGUUUCAGUUUCUGGACUAUACAAUGACAAAGAGUCCUUGAAAAGCAUCUACAAACAAGAGUUUGCAUUUUGUCAUAAAGUGAAAGAGAGGUUACGGAAUCCUGAUGAUUACGAGGCAUUUUUGAAGUGUCUUCAUAUUUUUAGCAACGAAAUAAUUACAAGAAUGGAAUUACAAGGCUUGGUUGCAGAUUUACUUGGAAGAUUCCCAGAUCUUAUGGAAGGGUUCAAUCAAUUUUUGGAGCGCUGCGAGGGAGUUGAUGGAUUUCUUCAUGGUGUUAUAAGGAAAAAACAUUUCUGGAAUGAAAAGCAUGCUUUAUAUGGGGAUGCUUUAGAAGGGUUGGAGAUAAAGGACAUAAACAAUGAGCAAAGGCAUGAGCGGGAUGCUGCUAAAGAAAAUGAUAAAUUUAAGGAGAAGUAUUGGGGGAAAUCCAUACAAGAACUUGAUCUCUCUAACUGUCAGCGCUGCACUACUAGUUACAGGCUACUUCCUGAAGAUUAUCCAAUACCAUCAGCAAGCCAGAGAUCAGAGCUAGGAGCGCAGGUAUUAAAUGAUUACUGGGUAUCUGUAACUUCAGGUAGUGAGGACUACUCAUUCAAGCAUAUGCGCAGAAAUCAGUACGAAGAAAGUCUGUUUAGAUGUGAAGAUGAUAGGUUUGAGCUAGACAUGCUCCUGGAAUCUGUGAGUUCCACUGUUAAGCGCGCGGAGGAGCUGCUGAGUAACAUCAAUAAUGCUGUCGAUUUCGGUAGCCAAUUCCGUGUCGAAGACCAUUUCACAGCUCUUAAUCUGAGGUGUAUAGAACGUAUGUAUGGUGAUCACGGCCUGGAUACGUUGGAUAUAUUGCGCAAAAACCCUUCCUAUUCACUGCCUGUAAUAUUGGCCCGCCUAAGACAGAAGCAGGAGGAGUGGUCAAAGUGUCGUAUAGAUUUCAACAAGGUUUGGGCUGAAGUAUACACUAAGAAUCACUUCAAGUCACUUGAUCAUCGGAGUUUCUACUUCAAGCAACAAGAUUCAAAGAACUUGAGCACUAAAUCCUUUGUGGCCGAGAUCAAAGAGCUUAAGGAUAAAAGGCAGGAGGAUAAUGUGCUUCUAUCUAUAGCUUCUGGGUGCAAACAUCCUAUAAUUCCUAAUCUUGCGUUUGACUAUGUUGAUGUGGGUAUACAUGAAGAGUAUCACAAACUGAUCAAGUAUUCAUGCGAUGAAAUUUGCACAUCAAAAGAGCAAUCAAAUAAAGCCAUGAGGCUCUGGUGUACCUUAUUGGAGCCGAUGCUAUGUGUUCCUUCUCGUCUUCCUUGUUCUGAAGAUACUCAAGUUCCUUCAGUAUCUAAGCAUCAUGGAAUAAAAAUUGCUGGAACGUGUGUCAAAGGAAGAGAGAAUUUCAAGCAACUAAAGCCUUUAUCUAAUGGAGAGAAGAAUACUAACCCAAAUCAAGUAGUUUCCCCAAUUCUAGCCAGUUCUGUUGCAGCACCUGCUAUUGGAGAUGACAAAACAACUCCCGGAGUUGGACGUCAUGCAGCUGAGACCCCUACCAAACAUGCAACAGAAAAUAGACACGGAGUUGCUUGUAAUAUUGUGAAUGCACCUUCGUUGGAGCGUUCUGAUGUUUCAAAGUCAGUUCCAGAAGUGAAAGGACCUCUGAUAGAAGGCACUAGUGUCCACAAAGACAACAAAUCUACAGUUGAUACUCAUAAAAUUGAGAAAGAAGAGGGUGAAUUGUCACCUAAUGGUGAUUUUGAAGAGGAUAGUUUUGCUGCCUAUGGUGGUUCCAAUCUGUCACCUAAUGCAAAAAAGAGUGUUGAAGCUGAACACAAUCAGCCUGGGACUUUUAAAGAUAUUUCUUGUCAUGACAAUGGAGGCGAAAAUGAUGCAGAUGAUGAGGUCAGUGAAAAUGUUCCAGAGGCUGGGGAUGAUGUUUCAGGAAGUGAAUCUGCUGCUGAUGAAUGCUCGCAUGAAGAGCGGGAAGAGGAAGAUGAAGAACAGGAAGAAGAUGGUAAAGCUGAAAGUGAAUGCGAGGCUGAGGUAUUAGAUAAUGUACUUGCUGGAGAUGGAUUGUCGUUACCCCCAUCUGAAAGAUUUCUGCUGACCACCAAGCCACUGGCUAAACAUGAUGCAUCCACAUUCCAUGAUAAUGAAAAGAAUUCUUGCGUGUUCUAUGGAAAUGAUGCAUACUAUGUUCUUUUCAGGCUACACCAAAUUUUGUAUGAAAGACUAUUAUUGGCUAAACAACAUUUGUCCUCUGCUGAAAUGGAAAGGGAAAACAGGAAAGAUACUGGACCUGACCUUUUUGCCAGAUUUAUGAAAGCAUUGUAUGAUUUACUGGAUGGAUCUUCAGAUAAUGCAAAAUUUGAGGAUGAUUGUAGAGCCAUUAUUGGUAAUCAGUCUUAUGUUCUCUUUACUUUGGACAAGUUGAUAUAUAAACUAGUCAAACAGCUUCAAACUGUUGCCAGUGAUGAGAUGGAUAAUAAGCUUCUCCAGCUAUAUGAGUAUGAAAAAUGUCGACGACCUGAGAAAUAUGUUGAUUCAGUUUACUAUGAGAAUGCACAUGUCCUCCUUCACGAAGAAAACAUAUACCGAUUCGAAUGUACAUCUGUGCCAUGCCAACUGCUUAUACAGUUGAUGGAUGAUGGAAAUGAAAAGCCUGAAAUGGUUGCAGUUUCGGUGGAUCCCAAUUUUGCAGCAUAUUUUUAUAAAGAGUUUGUGUCCGUUGUCCUCAACAGAAAAGAGUCGCCUGGCAUCAUGUUGCGAAGGAACAAACGUAAGUAUGCGGAUUUUGAUGAAUCUUCUGCUAAAUGUGUGGCAAUGGAUGAUGUGAGGGUGAUCAAUGGUUUGGAAUGCAAGAUGACUUGCACGUCAUCCAAGAUCUCCUAUGUUCUAGACACAGAAGAUAUUUUCUGUCGUAAGAGAAGCAAAAUAGAAAAAUCUUCUACAUUGUUGCAGGAUGGGGCGAAAGUACAUAAAUUUCACCAAUUCUUAACAGCAUCGAUAUAAUGUACUGUGCCUUUUGGAAUGGUUAUAUAGUUGCAGCUAAAGAAAUCUGUGACACAAUGUACUGUCUAAAGGCGUAGCGAAAAUAGAGAGAUUUCAGGAAUUUGACGACAUCUUUGCAUUGUUCUGUAAAUGGGGCAUGGACUUGAACUAUGUUCUGUAAUGAGAUAAAUUGUACAUCAGUUUGUUUCUCCAAUUUGUACUGUACCUUCUAAUUCCCUGCAGAGAAAUAAAUCUGUGGGAAAAAGUACUUGCUGAACGAAAUUGUGCAAAAAACACACCGAAUAGAAAAGAAAUACAUCAAAAAGGUAUUAGACUGCAUAA